GUACAAUGGUUUCCAUUCAGUUGACUGUGCAACAGGCUGUUCCUGUCACAAUAUCUAUGACACCUCAAAAGGUGUGGGGAUCAGUCUAAUGCAAAAGCCCACGACGUUACAGGGCACAAAAGUCUAUCAUCGCGGACCACCUGAAAAUGCAAAACAACAAUGCAGCCUCCAAACCGCCUCCGCCGCCACCUCAUGCAAAACGGGAAUCGAACUUUUUGAAAUAGGCCGGAAAGUCGUUCCGAAAACGCCACGAAUGCUGACGAAGCCCCCCGAUAUGGAAGAACAUGGGAAGGAAAAAAAAAAAAGGCAAAUAAAGGAAAGAGGGAUGAAAGCAAUAAGAAAAAGAGAUGAGCAAGGGAAGAAGAAAGGAAAAGAGGGAAACCACAACACCGCAGACGAAAUCCGAAGACAACGAAAUGCCCCCUUUUGGACUGGCUCCCGAUGUCAUCACCUCGACUCCUCCUUUGACCUCGACGCCGACCAUCAACAAUUUGAUGGUUGUAGUGACCUGCCAUCCCCCGAGACAGAGACAAAUGUAUCUCCCAACGUAUUUGAAUGUCAUGAAUUUUGCAGUCGCCCGCCUCCAUCGAUGUCUUCUCUCAUUGACCACAGCUUGGCCAUCGCUCGCUGUUCCGUCCAUUUUCACCCACAAACUCAGACACACAAGACAAUCUCUGCACAAACUGAUUAUUAUCCCGCCCAAAUUAAUCGUGUUAUGCCGAGCUGGGUGUGAGGACCGUUUGUCAGAGUGCGUGUGCAGCGCAGGCCAAUCCAGAUUGACCUGAAC